AUGAGUCAUGCAAAUAUUACACUAUGGAUUCGAGACAUUGCGAGUGAUCUCGAGUCCGUUCCAAGUACCUUUUCCAGCUGGGACAGAUGUAUGGCCAAAUCGUAUUGCAAGCGCAGAGACAAAACGCCUAGACACUUUGAUGACCCUCCGUUCCACCAGCCUCCACCACCGGCUCCAAAUCCGGUCUACCAGGCGCCACCAGCCCCACCCGCAUAUAGUGGUGCGCAACAGACUGCGCAUUUUGAUGCGCCCAAGUUUCCGGAUUCUCAUAUCAAUGAGGACGCCCUGCCUGAGAUGCCUACCUGGGCCGGUGCCGUUGACAAGCGUGUUGAAUGCCCAAAUAAUCAUGGCGACGUCGAACUGGAGCCAUUGAAUCCCCCAGACUUAAGGCGUUCUGCCGGUACCUCUGGUGCCGCUUACUCGGACUAUUCACCCAACCUAGCCAUCGGCGCGGCUGUCGUAGGAUACGGCGGAUCUGGGCCUACCGAUCCACGUGCACGACGGUCUCCUGGCCCAGUAGCAGCAUUGGAUUACAUCCAAGACCCCUAUGGUCAUCAUUCGGCGGGCAUGCCUUCCUCCGGGGCGGUGUUUGAUCCUUAUGGGAGCAGAUCCCCGGGCUCGGUGGCACUUGCUACCCAGGACCCAUACGGAAGACGUUCGCCCGGCCCAGCAGCAGCGUGGACUGUCAGUCAAGAUCCGUACGGGAGGCGCUCGCCGGGUAUCUCAGCCCUAGCACCUAACUAUGGCGCCGCAGCGCACGACCCCUACGGUUCGCGCUCUCCCGAUACACCAAUCCACGCCCCUUACGAUCAGCAACUAAACCAAGCCUCCUAUGACGACCACUCCUAUGGCGCAGGAAAUGGCUACCACGUCGUGACCGCACCCUCGCCCGUGACUGCAUACAAGCCGCACACUAACUACAGCCCCGUGCCAAUGGCCUUCUCUUCAUCUUCGGAGAGAGAUCAUUCCACGGCCGCGGCCCCAGCACCAGGCUUUCAGCGCCAGCCUUCUUUCGGCUCUAGCCAGCAUCCCCCAACACAUACCUCCCAGCCUUUAUAUCGCGCCUUCUCCCCCGGUGCUCCUUCCUCGUCUCCUCAUGCUUUCUCGGUUUCCUCGCCUUCAGGGUACACGACCUAUAACCCUCACGCGAAUGCGACCCCCAUGCCCUAUCCCGAAAACACCAGGCCUCCCAGUCUGCUGCAAAGCGGUAAAAGGCCCACGGUCAAUACUUCUAGCAAUCUUUGA